AGUAAAAUUUGUUUCAUUUUUUGCAAGUAGACUACCGUAUAUUCAGAUAUUGCUGGUAAUAUCGUCUUGGUCCGUCAUGUCUGAGAGAAAAGUUCUCAACAAAUACUAUCCCCCGGACUAUGAUCCUUCAUUGAUACCCAAGCUCAAGUUAGCUAAAGAUAGACAAUAUGUAAUACGUGUUAUGGCACCUUUUCAUAUGCGGUGUAAGACUUGUGGAAAUUACAUUUACAAAGGAACAAAAUUUAAUUCAAGAAAAGAAACUGUCCAAGAUGAUGAUUAUCUUGGUUUGAGAAUUUUUCGAUUUUAUAUCAAAUGCACAAAAUGUGUUGCUGAAAUAACAUUCAAAACUGAUCCUGAGAAUACAGAUUAUGUUAUUGAACAUGGUGCCACUCGAAAUUUCGAGGCAGAAAAACUUCUCCAAAAACAAGAGAAAGAAAUCGAGAAACAAAGGGAAGAAGAUGAAGGAAAUCCAAUGAAACUGCUUGAAAUGAGAACAAGGGACUCAAAAAGAGAAAUGGAGAGAAUGGAAAAUCUUGAAGAAUUAAGAGAUCUCAAUCAACGACAUGCUAAGGUCAAUUACGAAGGAAUGCUACAGAGCUAUCAAGAAACAGUGGAAGAAAAAAAAAAGAGAGAAGCAGAAGAAGAUGAGGAAGAAAUGAAGACUAUUUUUGGGAGUAACAAAAUAAGACGACUGAAUGAUAGUGAUGAUGAAGAUGACAAAUUUGAUGUUAAGAAUAUUGUGAAAGAAGAAAUUAAUGCCCCUUCCGAUUUAUUAUUGUCAUCAGGAGAAACAAAAAUUACUAAUAAAAGCACAAAAAGUAUUUCUUCUGUUCCUUCUAAUAAGGAUACUAUAAAGAAAAAGGCCCAGCUUUUGGGUAUUGUAGUAAAAAAGUCGAUCGAAAAAUUCCCAAAAAUAGAUAAUUCUAAUCAUCAAUCUGAUGAUAAAUCAGAAUUAACCAAAACAAUGUCAGUGAUUAAAACUGAGAAAACUCUAAAAGAUACUGUGCUAGCCAAACCGGCGGGGCUUAGUUUGCUCGGAGCCUAUGGAAGUGAUGAUAGUAACACAUCCAGCGAUGAUGAUUAGAAUGUAUUUUUUCAACAAUGAAUUCAAUCAUAACUGCAUAUUCCUGCACAAAUUUGUAAAUAAGAAUUAUGCAUCCAGGCUGACAAUAAGUUUAUACAAACCUUGGGUCGUGGUUCAAGUUAAAUCCAUUACUUUUUUACUAUGAAACCAUAUGAUAUGCUUUAGCGUAGGUUAAUGCAAUGUUAAUUGUAAUUUAUAUCAGGGACUUCUAACGAGUGUUUUCACUCACAUUUGUUUUUUAUAUUCUUCUCGACAAGAGUCAGGGUUGCUUAGGACUGGAAGUAGGACUGAGAUGAAAUUUAUAUUGACUUUUUUAGCAUUAAGUCAUGAUUUAAACCAGACUAUGACCCUUUUUGCUUACUAUCAAACAUCCUAUUUUUCUAAAUGUGUGAAGGUUCAUUUUUGUCCGCUAAUGCAAAAGACCACAUUUGUUGGUUUUUGACAAUCAGCAUUUUCAUUUUGCUUGUUAUAAAUAUGUGCUGCUUUGUAAAUACAGAUUUUUGAAAUAUAGUGUUUUAUGGGUUGCCACACAUACUACAAGUCAGUCCAUUUGACAUAUUUGGUUGAACAUAGAUAACAUUUCAAGGGUAAUAGUCUAUCACUUAUUAUUAGGAUGUGCACCUUUCUUCUGAGUGUGAUAUUCAAUCCAGGUCCUUUUAUUUGUAGCUUGUAGAGAUCAAUAUUUAAAAAAUUCUCAUUUUGCAGUCUGUAAGAAAUAAUUUAUUGCCUAUAAUAAUAGUCAAUAUUGUUAUUUUUCAG